AAAUCAAACCCCCAACUUCGACUCCGCAGCCAGGUACCUAAACCACUGAGCCAUCCAGCCAGCUGGGAGACUAUUAGCAGUCAAAUAAAGGUAUCGUCUGCCCAUGGGUUCGUCUUGUGUAAGGGCUACGCAGCUUCGUUGGUUUUCUAAAGAACCAUCUUCGCACGUUUGACGUUUAUAACGGGUUUUAAGAAGUGACUUCACUCGGCAGACACCUUGACAACCAGUUUUAUUCCCUCAAGAGGCGCCUUCAUUGACUUUCCGCUUAAGGCGGCACCUAGUUCGGGGGGAAAGGCCAAACCCUUCUUUCCCUGCGAGGAGGCCACCCGGGAGGAGGCGAGGCGAAGAAGAGGAGGAGUCGCCGACACUCUCGUCGUCAUCAUCCUUCCCCUUCGCCGGUGAAAGAGGCCACCUCCUUUUCGGGCCCGACAUCCUUUGCGCUGCGGCGAGCCCCUUCUUCGGUCGCCCGGCCGCUGUUGCCUUUGCUCCGGCUGCGCCGUUCGUGGUCUCGGCUGCUGCAGUUGCUGCCGCCGCCGCCAUGGCCGCCUACAGCAAAUUCCUCACCGCGCGCUACUCCACCAUGGCCGGCGCUACCGCCGCUGCUUGUGCCGUCCUCUGCUUGCUCAGCAAACGGCGGAAGGCGGCCGCCCUGCACGGAAAGAAAAGUGGAAAAACAGUAUCCAGUAAUGAGAAGGAAAUCAAGAAAGAGCGAGCUGUAGUAGACAGAGUAUUUUUUGCAAGAAUAUGCCAAAUCCUGAAAAUUAUGGUCCCUAGAACAUUUUGUAAAGAGACAGGUUAUUUGGUACUAAUUGCCAUGAUGUUGAUACUUCGCACAUAUUGUGACAUUUGGAUGAUUCAGAAUGGGACAGUUAUUGAGAGUGCUAUCAUUGGCCGCAGUAGAAAAGAUUUCAAGAGGUACUUGUUCAACUUCAUCGCUGCCAUGCCUGCUAUUUCCCUGGUGAACAACUUUUUGAAGUAUGGUCUAAAUGAACUUAAGUUGUGUUUCCGUGUGCGACUGACCAAGUAUCUUUAUGAGCAAUAUCUACAGACCUUUACUUACUACAAAAUGGGGAAUCUCGACAACAGAAUAGGCAAUCCUGAUCAGCUGCUUACACAAGAUGUUGAAAAAUUCUGUAACAGUGUGGUAGACCUAUAUUCAAACCUUAGCAAGCCAUUUUUGGAUAUUGUUCUGUAUAUCUUCAAGUUGACAAGUGCAAUAGGAGCUCAGGGUCCUGCUUCCAUGAUGGCUUACCUGAUUAUUUCAGGGUUUUUCCUUACACGUUUAAGAAGACCCAUUGGAAAAAUGACUAUCACAGAACAAAAGUAUGAAGGAGAAUACAGAUUCGUCAAUUCUCGGCUCAUUACAAACAGUGAAGAAAUUGCUUUUUAUAAUGGGAAUCAAAGGGAAAAACAGACCAUUCACAAAGCCUUCCGCAAAUUGGUAGAGCACUUACACAAUUUCAUUUUGUUCCGGUUUACUAUGGGCUUUAUAGAUACCAUCGUUGCCAAAUAUCUUGCUACCGUAGUUGGCUAUCUGGUUGUUAGCCGCCCGUUCUUGAACUUAUCUCACCCACGUCAUCAGAAUAGUACCCAUGCAGAACUUCUAGAGGAUUACUACCAAAGUGGAAGAAUGUUGCUGAGAAUGUCUCAAGCUCUUGGAAGGAUAGUUCUGGCAGGUCGUGAAAUGACACGAUUGGCUGGCUUCACAGCUCGAAUUACAGAAUUAAUCCAAGUGCUAAAGGAGUUAAACAGUGGCAAAUACCAGCGAACCAUGUUAUCACAAGAAAAAGAUUCAGAUUUGGAGCAAUUCACCCCGCUGAUUCCUGGUUCUGGAAGAAUUGUCAUAGCAGAUAACAUUAUCAAGUUUGAUCAUGUUCCUCUGGCAACACCAAAUGGUGAUAUAUUGAUUAGAGAUCUUGACUUUGAGGUACGGUCUGGUGCAAAUGUUCUGAUUUGUGGGCCUAAUGGGUGUGGAAAGAGUUCACUUUUCCGUGUCCUUGGAGAGUUGUGGCCUUUGUUCGGUGGCUGUCUGACUAAGCCUGAGAGAGGAAAGCUGUUUUAUGUUCCCCAGAGACCAUACAUGACUCUUGGAACUCUCAGAGACCAAGUAAUCUAUCCAGAUACUGUAGAAGAUCAGAAGAGGAAAGGCAUCUCUGACCAGGUUUUAAAGGAAUAUUUAGAUAACGUCCAGUUGGGUCACAUCCUGGAACGUGAAGGAGGCUGGGAUAGCAUUCAGGACUGGAUGGAUGUUCUCAGUGGAGGAGAAAAACAGAGGAUGGCUAUGGCCAGAUUGUUCUACCAUAAACCCCAGUUUGCAAUUUUGGACGAGUGUACAAGUGCAGUUAGUGUUGACGUAGAAGGCUACAUCUACAGUCAUUGUCGGAAAGUUGGCAUCACUCUCUUCACUGUAUCUCACAGAAAGUCACUUUGGAAGCACCACGAUUUUUAUCUUCACAUGGAUGGAAGAGGAAAUUAUGAGUUCAAGAAGAUUACUGAAGACACUGUUGAAUUUGGUUCUUAAAAAAACCCAUAACCUCUUUCAGUGACUGAUAAUAGCACAGAUUGUAGAAAGACAAAGUAUGUUUUAAUGUAACAAAGCUACUUGACUUAUUCUUCGAUCAGUUACUAGGUGUAGGAUAACAGGCUAUCCAAAACAGUCAAUGCAUUUAUUAUUAUGUAGGAUACUACUAAUUUAUGUAUAUGUUGGUUUAAUUAUUAAUAUGUACUAAGAAUGUCCUUAUUCUUGUGGUUUUUUUUUAAAAAAACCUGCCUAAAUUAAAUUGGGCUUAAAUCACUGUAACUUUGAUUCAUCUUGGGAUGUAAACAUUCUGAAGUCAAUUAAUUUGACCUGUGCUUCCUUUGGGGAAGAACCCUUAUUAAAGUUAGGGUUGCUGCCUCUUCAGGGCCUGGUACAAUAGGCAUGCACUUCUCUGUUAUAUUUUGAUGCGUCUGUGCAUCGUACUGAAUAUCGCAGUCUUUCUCAGUGUCAUACCAGCCUAUUCUAUUGUUUCAGGGCCCAGAGAAUAGCAGGCUCUUCCAUUGUCAAAGGUUGUAUUGAGGUUCUACUGGCACCAGUAUUGGGUUCAGAGGAAAAGUUGUCCUGGGGCCUGCUUUUAUGAUAAUCAAAAAUAUGAGCUAAUUCUUGUGCCCUACCUUUUCCAGUGUUUUCCAUUGCUCUUUCAGUCCUGUCUUUCCAUUAUUCCAUCCAAGUCAACAAAGAUAAAUACUAUUCCAUUUUGCCCUUCUGUUCCAACUGUUUGUGGAAAUUGGGACAAAUAAGGAAGAAUGUGGAAGAUGAGAAAACUAAACAGAAGAGAUUUUUUUACAAAAAGGAAUGAGUUUCCUGCAUUUUGGUAGAGAGAAAAUAGACUUCCACAUUUAACGGGAGUCUGGUCCAUUUGAUAUUUCCAGGAACUUGUCUAAAAGUUCCAAAUAAAAUGCCAUGGAUAUCUGCAACAUGGAUUCCUAUUUCUCAGUGGAUGAGAUUUGCCUACCAGAUACUUUUCUUACCAGUUUUUUAAACUGAGACAUAGCAGCUCUUCCUGAAUAUCGUUUUCUUCAUAUAAAUUUCUUCCAUAAAAAUCGCUCAGUUCUUACAUUUAUACAAGCUUGUCUCUUAUGAAGUAGUUGCAGAUGUGUACAUAUGGGCAAGACCACAAAUAACAGAUUUUUAAGAACAUUAAUUUUCUAGUGGAAACAGUUGUUAAUGACGUUUGAUGAUAUUGUGUCACUGCUGAGAAUUACCUUUCUAGAUAGAACUGAGAAGAAAGUGAUUGACCAACCUGGAUGUAUAAUAAGUUGCCAUUCAAUCUGCAAUAAUUUUUGAAAAGCACUAUAGUUUGAUAACAGCCUGAGUAUGUGAUUUUAUGUAAUACAAAAAAGCACUACAUGAAGGCAUGCACCAUGUAUGCAAAUAAAUGUGAUGCUGCAUUUUUUUCCUUUUGUUAUAAAAUCAGUAUGUGUGAUUAUGUGUUAAUUUUGAACAAUCCCUCCUUUUGUAGUAAAAAUGCUACCUGUCAAAUUCCAAGCAGCUAGUUAAGCUUGUCCUUACACUGUUCCUAAGAUGGUGCUUUAUUCUAACAUUUAUAAAUGCCAUUAACUUCAUGUGUUUCAUGCAUAUAAUCAGUGGAACAGCUAUUAAACUGGUAAACUAGCAGUGAUGCAUAAAAGCAACUUAUAUUGGGCCAACGUUUCACCUAUCAUCACUUCAUAUUUGAUAUAGUAAGGUGUUGAUGUUUUAAAUUGUGUUGCAGAGCUCUAUGUGUAUAAUGGUAGUGACAUCAUUACCCAUGGCAAAUCACCACUGAUUAAAAGCUUUCUUUGAGAAUCCUAGGGUGUUUUUGACUUCAGCACAUUGUGUAUGAGUCACAUACACUUCAAAACCACCUUAAUUGGCAUUUAAUUGCCCUCAGUCAAUUGCAAUUUGUCAGUGAUAAUGACAUCAUCACCAUUGCGCAUGAAGAGGUACGCAACAGGAUUUCAGGUGCUGUUAUAUAGCUUUUCUAUGUAUGUAAAUUUUCACCAUUUCUGAGAAUCUGAGAUGGCUUACACUACCCAUCAUCCUAUAUCAAGACCAUGUUGUAAAAUUAGAUAUUAAUUGGAUUGUACAUGUAGACCACCUGGCACAAUAGUUUCAGACUAGGUAGCAGUCUCACGUCAGAAGCAGACGUACCUUUUAAUGUUCAGCAGGUUUCUGUGCUACUAGUUGACACUUCUUUUUCCACAUAGUCCCUCUCAUGUUGAUGAACUGUUGUUGCUGUUUACAGAGACUGGACGUCUCAAACAGAACUUUUUAAAGGAACUUCUGUCCUUUUAGAUUAGAAAAUGCUGCUUUUUAAAUAUUUCUAUUCUUCAGAUAGGUCUGCACUAAAAUUGAGUAAUAGUAGACUUGACAUUUUUUAAAAGAAUGAUGCAUUUUUGUCACCAACCAGGAAGUAGCUGUUACUUAUAUAGCUCAGAAAUGUUGCCAUUAUUAAGACUGGUUCAUAAUGACACUGAGCUCAAACUCUGUUAAUAUUGUCAGAGUAGAACAGAUUAACUUCAGUAGCUAUUACCCAGAGAAAAGAUCUUGAUUUAAGCCAAGAGGAACUGGGUAGUUAGAAAAUGCCAGGAUUUUGUAAUAUCUAAAGUUCCAGUAUGUAUACUUUGUCAUUAAUUAAGAGUGCAUUAAAAAUAGUAACCCCAUGAGGAAGCAAGUCUGAAGGCAAAAUGAUGCGGAGCAGUGUUCAAGGAAAUGACAAGAUUAUGCUUUUUAGGGAAGAAAUUUUCAAGUGCCAUGCAAAAAUGAUUCAUAAACAUGGUGCAGCCAUGAAUUUCUGUAAUGAUCUUGUUCGCUGAUUGCUGUUGUUAUGACUGCUUAAACUGGGUGUUUGGUGUGAAGUGAAAAAUGGCAAGAAUGAAUCAUUCCCACCUGUGAUUCGGUCCUCUGCUAAUCACAGGUGGCUCCCAUGUCAAUGGGAAAUAAUUGCUGUUUGUUGAUGUUCUGGAGCUUGUAAAGUGAUUUUGGAAGAAAGGCGCUAUAGAAAUGAAAGGAUUUUUUUCUAUAUAAGUGCCUCUGGAAUAAUAAAUCUGAGACAAACAGCC